AUGGCUAUCAAGACUGCUGGUGGUGUCUUGACCCCUCUCAUUAAUCAAAACACCACCGUUCCCACCAAGAAGAGUGAGAUCUUCUCCACCUACGCCAACAACCAGCCUGGUGUCUUGAUUCAAGUUUACAAGGGAGAGCACGCCCGGACAAAUGACAACAACUUGUUGGGCAAGUUUGAGCUCUCCGGCAUUCCUCCAGCUCCCUGUGGUGCGCCUCAGAUUGAGGUCACAUGUGAUGUUGAUGCAAACGGUAUUCUGAAUGUCUCCGCCGCCGACAUGACCACUGGCAAGUCCAACAAGAUCACUAUCACCAACGACUUUGAGUCCAAGGCCAAUGAAAAGUCCGUUGCCUCCCAAAUCACUUCCAACAACGGACUGGCGUCCUACUCUCACAAUCUCCAAAACUCCAUUGAGGGUGACCUCAAAGACAAGCUGGAGGCCGAUGACAAGGCCAAAAUCAGAAGGAAAUCAACAAGACCAUCCCAUGCCCGCAACUCGGCCGUCUUGGCCAUCCAAGACCAUCCGAGUAACCCGCACUUGAUCUACACAAGCUCAUACAACGGCACGAUCCGGGAGCUGAACCUUGAGAGCCAGCAGAGCAUGGAGGUUGUUGAUGGCCAGGCGCUCUCCGCCAGGGACAACAUCUUCCUCUUGGCCUUCGAGUUUUCCAACCAAGACCGCAAGAUCUGGGCCUCCAACACCGCCGGCGGCCUUGUCCAUCGCGACCUGCGUCAAACAUGGAUCACAUCUCUUCACAAAGAACCAACCCUAUUGUUUAACUUCACAGAGAAAAUGAAACAAAGAGGACAAAAAGCUCUAAAGCAAAUUGCAAGGCAAAUUAUUGAUAUUUCCCCUCAUGUUGCUUAUUAUUAG